UGUUGAACCGACGUAGCUGGAUAAAUGACGAGUAAGAGCGAUGACCUUCACUUAUGCCUGUGAUCUGAAUACUACAUUGAAAUUGGAUAUUAUAUUGCAUUCCAAAAAUAUUGGAAUGAAUCCCACCACUAUUCAACAAAAAAUAUUGAUCACGCGAGCUACCAGCAGUGGUAUAUUUCAUGUUUUGAUGGGAAAUAAAUUACAUCAUGUGACUAUUUGCGACGACCAGUUAGUACUACAUCUCAUUGCUACUAUUGAUGAUAUCGGCGACACAGUUAGCGAGUUUGUGGUUGAAGAAUUACAGACUCUAGAAAAAAAAAGAUACCUGAUAGUAUGCUUGUAUAUGGAAGAUAGAUUUCAAAUAUAUCAAAUAUUAAUCAAUGGGACAGUCAAUAACGGUUUCAUAAAAGCAAUUCAGAAAAUUCGUCGACCGGGUGAAUCUACAAGGACGAUAUUGGUGUUAUAUGCGACUAAUCUGUAUUUGGUUGCUGGUUAUCUGGAAUCCGAUUCCGGUAAAGUUGCGAGGAAUUUCGGCAACGCUGCUCCUGACUCGUAUCGAGAGGGAGACAGAAUAAAAAAAUACUUGUAACCUGUGAUGCUCCGAUCCCACAGCGUCGCUCAUGCCAGCACACACAUUUGUGUACCCGUGGUAUAAUUGAGCGGCCUACCACUCACCAACAAUCACUGUUUACUCCCAGAGAAAGAGAGAGACGGAGAAGACAACGACGAAUUGCAAUCGGGUGUGCCAAAAUACAUAAAAAGCCACAUGUAGGUACUAAUAUCGCUAUCUGUCAAAAGA